AUGGUUAUCGGGAUGAUUCCAAUGUUGCGCGCGAAUGAGGAGAGCGGUGCGGAGGGUACUGCUCCAGCUGUGCCUCUAGGCCGAUUGGGAGAGGCAUCGGAAGUUGCCAAUAUCGUCGCGUUCCUACUAAGUGACGACGCUCGAUAUGUGACCGGAGCGACUUGGGCGCUUGUUGUCCAUUAUGCUCAUACCAAGAAGCUCCAGAGUACUCCAGGGGUGAACUUGCGUUUGCAGCAUGGACCUAGUCAGUAUUGUCGUCAGCUUGGCUCAAUAUAA